CUGUAUACACCCUCUUUACUUUGGGUUCAUGAAACGUCGCGCUGUGUUAGCCAUUUUGUAGGGCAUAUUUUUGGAGUUGACAUAUUUAUAAAAUCAUUUUCCUUAUCUUUAAAGCUACUCCUGUCAAAAGUUUGCCAUUUAAAUUGUAAUGUCCACAAUGAAUCCCGAAUAUGAUUACUUGUUUAAAUUGCUACUUAUUGGAGACUCUGGUGUUGGAAAAUCAUGUCUCUUACUGAGAUUUGCUGAUGACACAUACACAGAAAGCUACAUCAGUACAAUUGGUGUUGAUUUUAAAAUAAGAACCAUAGAACUUGAAGGUAAAACUAUCAAACUUCAAAUAUGGGAUACUGCUGGUCAGGAAAGGUUUAGAACCAUCACCUCUAGUUAUUACAGAGGAGCACAUGGAAUUAUAGUUGUCUAUGAUGUAACUGAUCAGGAGUCUUUCAAUAAUGUGAAACAAUGGUUGCAAGAAAUUGAUCGUUAUGCCUCAGAAAAUGUAAAUAGAUUAUUAGUUGGAAAUAAGUGUGAUUUAACUCCAAAAAAAGUAGUAGACUAUGUUACUGCCAAAGAAUUUGCUGAUCAGUUGGGUAUUCCCUUCUUGGAAACAAGUGCAAAGAAUGCCACUAAUGUGGAACAGGCAUUCAUGACUAUGGCAGCUGAAAUCAAGAAACGUAUGGGACCACCCACGUCUGCUGCAGAUGCAUCUCGGCAAGGGGAGAAGAUCAAUCCCAGUACACCAGUCAAGGCACCAAGCGGCGGGUGCUGUUAAGGGCUUUUUAAAGAAAAAUGAAUUCCAUCAAUUCAGUGGCUUGCAUUCAUUUUACAACAGUUGGUGAAAUACAGGCACUUUGGCUAAGUUCACUGGAGGUAGAUGUGUAUAAAAAGUCUGCCAGGACAAACGGUUUCAUUUAAUAGACUCCAUCGUGGCACUAUUUCCCUUGUACUUUUGGCUGCUUUCAAACAUUACAAAAAGAAAAAAGAAUCAUUUUAGAUUUUUCUAGAUUUUUGCCCUUUGAUUUCAAACAUACUGUAUUUAUAUUAACAGAAAUUAAAAUUCUCUUUUGUCAUAAAGGAAAAACAAACUGUUGUGAUUAUUUAAGUUCUUAUUACAAUGCCUCCUUUUUCUUUAGCCACUGUAUUCAAUUUAAUUUAAUCCUUAUUUAUCUGAGGCUGUAGUCAUGAACAUGUAUAUGACAAGAUUUCAUCUUGCAUUUGAAUUAGUUAUUGAACUAUUUGAGCAAACAUAUAGUAUUCAAAUUCGUCAUGCCAUGCGUGCAUGGAUUUUGUCAAUUUUUAGGUUUAUCAUUCCAACCCCCUGAUGUGUGUAUAUGUAUGCUUCACUCUUAUAGCUGUUUGUAUAAUGUACAUGUUUGAAGUUCAGAUAGAUUAGUUGCCUUAGCAGUCGUCUUUUCUUUUUUAAAAAAAAGUUUUUUAAGUGUUAAAUACUUCAGUCAAAAGAUUUUUGGUUAACUUAUUUUUGAUGAAAAUGAUUUAGAUAGUAAAAAUUUUGUGGGAGAGUUUGACUGUAUCACAAUGUCUAAUAAUGUUAAUAUUUAAUUGUUUGUGUUUUGUGCUGGGUAGCAAAAACUUUUUAUUUCGAGCUUAUGAUUGUUGAAUGAGUGAAAUUUCUUAAAGAAAACUGUAUUCUAAAUUGAGGCUGUUUGAAUUUUAGAUGGAUACAUUUUUCCCAGUUUUCAACUUCGGAUAAUGGAAAAAAUAUAUUCUGUAGUACAUUCUAAUGCUAUGAGUUUUUAUUGUAUGUUAUAUAAUUAAAAGGCUUUUGUGUAUGCUA